AUGAGGAAGGUGGAGGCUACUGAGGAGGCGACUGCGCUGAUGCCGCCAGGGUUUCUCCUGGAGGAGAGUCCACAGGCUGCCCAUGGUGCUGAUGAAAAUGCAGAUCCUGGGAUCCUUGAUCCACAGCUUUGCAGAAGAAGCAGAAAGCCAGGACCCUGUAGCAACCAGUAUGACAAUGAUGUCACUGUUUGGCGCCCUCAGGGCAGGAUUCAUCAAAUUGAAUAUGCAAUGGAAGCUGUUAUACAAGAUUCAGCCACAGUUGGUCUGAAAUCAAAAACCCAUGCAGUAUUGGUUGCAUUGAAGAAAGCACAGUCAGAGCUUGCUGCUCAUCAGAAAAAAAUUCUCCAUGUUGACAACCAUAUUGGUAUUUCAAUUGAGAGACUUACUGCUGGUGCUAGACUGCUAUGUAAUUGUAUGCGCCAGGAGUGUUUGGAUUCCAGAUUUGUAUUUGACAGACCUCUUGCUGUGUCUUGUCUUGUAGCUCUAAUUGGAAGCAUUAGAUACCAGAUACCAACACAAAGAUAUGGCCGAAGGCAAUAUGGUGUAGGACUGCUUAUUGCUGGCUACGAUGAUAUGGGCCCUCAUAUUUUCCAAACCUGUCCAUCAGCUAACGAUUUUGACUGCAGAACUAUGUCCAUUGGAGCCCGUUCUCAAUCAGCUCGUACUGACUUGGAGAGACUUAUGUCUGAGUGUGCAGAGUGCAGUUUGAAUGGUCUGUGUGCUUUAAGAGAGACACUUCCUGCAGAACAAGACCUAACUACAAAGAAUGUUUCCAUUGGACUUGUUGGUAAAGACUUGGAGUUUACAAUUUAUGAUGAUGAUGAUGAUGAUGAUGAUGAUGAUGAUGUGUCUCCAUUCCUGGACGGCCUUGAAGAAAGACCACAGAUAAAGGCACAGCCUGCUGAGCCUGCCGAGGAACCUGCAGAAAAGGCUGAUGAACCAAUGGAGCAUUACGUGAUAAUCUCCCAGCCCAUAUUGGUAUUUGUAUUGACAACUGUGUAA